AUGGUAAGCUUGAUGCAGGAGAAACGAGCAGAGCAAAGAAAGGUGAAGUUUCCAAAAAGAAAAGAGAAUGAAGCUCAAGCAGUGAACUAUAUGAGGUGCGAUCCUUGGGAAGUGGGUAAACUUUUUUCUUUGGAAAUAUUUGUUGUGGAGAAUAUGAGCCUCAAUGGUCAAAUUCCGGCUUUCAUUUUCAACAUUUCUUUUUUGAAGAGAGUUUAUUUCUACAACAACAGUUUGUCUGGUAGUCUUCCAGAUACCAUGUGUUCCCAUCUUCAAAAACAUGAAGUGCUUGAUUUAACUUACAACGAUAUUUCUGGUCAUAUUCCCUCAAACAUCGGUGAAUGUAGCAACCUUCAAAGUGUAUCAAUAUAUGGUGAAAUUCCAUUGGAGAUUGGGAAUUUUAUUACAUUGGAGCUCUUUUAUGCAUCAGAGAUUAUGCGGCUAAGAGGGCUAAUUCCAUCUUCCAUCUUCAUUAUUUAUUCUUUGAAAAUAAUUUCUGCUCAAAACAAUUGUCUAUCAGGCAAAUUACCAUCCACGUGCUUGGCUUCAAAUCUCGAGGGGCUCUAUCUAUGGAGUAAUAAUCUUAGUGGGAAUAUUCCUAAUUAUAUUUCUAAUGCUUCUAAGCUCAGAAUUUUAGAAUUGCAACAAAACUCCUUCACUGGCUUUAUUCCAAAUACCUUAGGCAAUUUGACUCUCCUUGAGGCUUUAAGGCUUUCAUCAAACCAUUUGACCACCAAAAGUCCAAAUCAUGAAUGGAGCUUUCUUUCUUCAUUAGCACACUGCAGGAAUCUAAGGAUCUUAAGGAUAUUUUCCAAUCCAUUGAGAGGUGUUCUUCCAACUUCUAUCUUAAAUCUCUUUUCAUCACUUGAAGAAUUCAAUGCCAAUGACUGCAAAAUUAAAGGUUGGAAGGCGAAAUCCCCACCGAAGGAUCCUUUACAAGCUUCACAGCAAAAUCAUUUAAAAAUUAUUAUGCACUUUAUGGUUCAGCUAGGUUUGAAGUCUCUGAUUGCAAAAAUAGCACCCAUCGACAAUCCAAAAGGAGCCUAUUAUGAUUCAACAAUUCUGGAAAUACAUAAUGGAAAUAUGUACAACAGACUUCUACAAGCGAUUGACGGAUUCAAUAAAGGUAACUUGCUUGGUUUUGGAAGUUUUGGCUCGUAUAUAAAGGAAGACUUUCAAAUGGGAGGAAUGUUGCAGUAA